AUGUCUGACGCUGGUGAAUCAUGCAAGGCCGUGGAGGUUAAGUCCUCAGACAACACGAGCACCAGUAACAUUCGCAUCAAGUUUGAUGGACUCCCAAAAUUAAAGAGACAAUCCAACUACCAAACUUGGGCGUCUGCCUGGAGGAUUACAUUCGAUGCAGCAGACUGGUGGGAAGCAUUGAGCAUCGAAAACCCCACAGAAGAUGACACAGACCUCACCAAGGCCGAAAUCAAAAAGGCCCGAAAACAAAUGCACAGCUUCUCAUCGGAGCUGUAG